AUGGAGACGCCCAUCCAACGCGAAAUCCGCCGUAGCUGCGAGCGCGAGGAGAGCCUGCGCCGGAGCCGGGGUCUGAGUCCCGGCCGUGCGGGCGAGGAACUCAUCGAGUUGCGCGUGCGACCGGUGCUCAGCCGGCCCGGCCCCGGCCCCCCACUGCCGCGCGCCCUGGAGCGCGCUCGGGCGGGCGCGAAGAUGCAACGGGACAUCGAACGCGAGGCUCACAGGCAGGCGGCGCUGGCGAGCCCGGCGGCUCCGCUGCCCAGCGCCCGGCGGCGGCCACAGCCGCUGGACGAACUCAAGCGCUUCUUUGAGGCUGCAGCGGAGGACGGCGGGGGUUUGCAGCGGCGGCCGGAGGCGGGAGGCCGGCUGCAACCCGCCGUGCAGGACGGCUGCCUGCUACUGGGGCAGCCGCCGCCGCUGGUUUCCCCGUCGCUACUGGAGCAGGAGGUGCGCCAGGUGCGCGAGCGCGAGCGGGAGCUGCAGUUGCAGCGGCGCAGUAUCUACGGGGCCGCUGAGGUCCGGGAGCCAGCGCCGAGCCUCACCCCGAGCAGGGGAGACGGAAAGUUGGCUGUGAUCUGGCCCCCGAGGAGACCGGCCUCAGAGAAUGACCUGGAGAAGUAGGAGUGCAGACCCUGAGGUCUGCGAAGGCUGGGACACAUGGCCAGAAGUGACGUCCCCAUUAAAGAGCCAGGGUAGAGUUACCCUCCGGAUCAACAGAAGGCCUUGAGAGGAAGGGGCCAGCUCUCUUCAAUGGCAACUUGAAAUCCUGCACAUCCUUGAUGCUGACUAUGGAAUUAACCACCUUUCUCCAUUAAAAUUGUUUAGUCUUCACUGGAAAACUAACAACCACCCGCUAAAACUGUGAGUGAAACACAAAAUAAAGUGCCCCCCCCCUUCCUA